CCGGGAUUAAUGUCAAGGCACAAAAGUGGCGCUUCACCGUUUCAAGCUCUACUCCGGUGGUUGCCGUAGCGAUGGAUGGGGAGUCAGAACCCAGGCCUGCUGUAGCAGAUGAGGAGGGGGAGCGGGUGGAGCCCAUGGACGCUACUUCCUCCCCCCAGCAACAGACCACGACCCCCUCAGAGGAGGCCGAGGUGGCAGCUUCCCCUGCGCCAGGGGAUGGAGCUGCUAAGGAGGGCGGCACAGAGGAUAAUGACGACGAUGUAGUUUUGGUAGGCGAGGAGGCCCCCCAGCCUGCUACUGCAUCCCCGCCCCAAGACACGCCCAGCACAGACUGCAGCGAGCCAGCUGCUGCUGCUGUGGCAACUGUUUCCGCAUCCACGGCAACGGAGCCCUCCAACACGCCCAGUCCCCCUGCCACCGCUCCCUCCACGGUGGCAGCACCCUCUGUAGCUCCAACCACAGCCACAGAGCCCAUUGUCAUUGAUGACGAGGAGGACUCUGAACACAAAGACACCUCUUCUUCCUCCUCAGCAGCGCCCCCUGGAGGCGGGUCCUCUUCCCAUUCACCAGGUGUCCUCAGUAGCACAGAACCAGAUUCAGAGAUCAGGAUUGCUAGCGUCACCACACUGGGGACUAAUAGCCAGAAAGGAAGCUCUUCUGUUUCCACGGUAAACGCCCAGCCUAUCACAAUGGAGGUUCAGGCAGACAUGAACCUGAUGAUCACCUCAGUGACGUCACUGCAGGGCGGGGCUACGGCCAUCAUGGAGGCAGGCGAGGGCCAGGCUGAGGAGAAUGGUCUGCAGAUCAGCGGUGCGUUCAGCCUGAGUUCGGACACCUCAGCCGGUCGACCGACAGCCUCUUUCAAUCCUGGGCGGGGCUCUGGCCCUGCAGGACAGCCUGUACAGAACGGAGACACAGGGACACACAACAGAGCUGACUCAUGGAUCUCGCAGUCAGCUUCAUUCCCCCGCAACCAGAAGCAGACAGGUGUGGACUCUCUGUCUCCUGCCACCUCGCUUCCCAAACCCCCAGGCCAGUCUUCCUCCUCUUCUUCCUCCUCAGGCUCCCAACCACAGCCCAGGACAGUUAAGGUGACCUGUGCCAACUGUAAGAAGCCUCUGAAAAAAGGCCAAACAGCCUACCAGCGUAAAGGAUCCACACACCUCUUCUGCUCCACCACCUGCCUCUCUGCCUUCUCACACAAACCCGCCCCCAAGAAGAGCUGCACCAUGUGCAAAAAGGACAUCACGACUAUGAAGGGUACCAUUGUGGCCCAGGUGGACUCAAGCGAGUCUUUCCAGGAGUUCUGUAGCACUGGCUGCCUGGGUGCAUACGAGAACAAGCAGAACCCGCCUAAAUCUGGCCUCAAAACCAAAUGUACCGUCUGUGGCAAGCUCACUGAGAUCCGGCACGAAGUGAGCUUUAAGACCGUGACCCACAAGAUCUGCAGUGAUGCAUGUUUCAAUGUUUACCGCAUGGCCAACGGCUUGAUCAUGAACUGCUGCGAGCAGUGUGGUGACUACCUGCCCAGCCGAGCCUCAGCCAACCACUUCCUACUGGUGGACGGCCAGCAGAAACGCUUCUGCUGCCAGAACUGCAUCAGGGAGUACAAGCAGGUCCACAGUAAGCUGGCAAGCUGUGUGACUUGCAAAACCCUGAUCAAGACGGGUGAGGUGCUGCACAGCCUUGGGGCCGGAGGCACCAUGGGCUCCUACUGCUCUGUCAGCUGCAUGAACAAGGGCAAGAUGGCAUCCACCUCCGCCCUAAACGCAGAGCCCACAUGUCACUUCUGCAAGAGGAAUUCAUUACCCCAAUACCAAGCCACAUUGCCAGAGGGAAACAUCCUCAACUUCUGCAGCUCACAGUGUGUCACCAAGUUCCAGAAUGCUACUCUUCAAACAGCCACCAACGGCCAGACCACCCUCUCCACUACAAACAACAGCGUCCAGCUCAAAUGUAAUUACUGUCGCGGCACCUUCAGCUUAAAGCCUGAAACCCUGGAGUGGGAGGAUAAGGUCUAUCAGUUCUGCAGUAAGACAUGCUGUGAGGACUACAAGAAGCUCCACUGCAUCGUGACUUUCUGCGAGUACUGUCAAGAGGAGAAGACGCUGCAUGAGACGGUCAAAUUCUCUGGGGUCAAGAGACCGUUUUGCAGUGAAGGCUGUAAGCUGUUGUUUAAGCAGGACUUUAUCAAGCGGCUUGGUCUGAAGUGUGUCACCUGUAACCACUGCAGCCAGUUGUGUAAGAGAGGUGUGACCCGGCAGCUGGGCAGCAUGACGCGGGACUUCUGCAGCGAGGCCUGCGCCAAGAAGUUUCAUGACUGGUACUACAAGGCGGCGCGCUGUGACUGCUGUAAGGUGCAGGGUAACCUGACGGAGUCGGUGAUGUGGAGGGCAGAGAUGAAGCAUUUCUGUGACCAGGAGUGUCUACUGAGGUUCUACUGCCAGCAGAACGAGCCCAUCAUGGUGACACAGAAAGGCCCGGAGAACACCAGCAUGGGGUUUGAAGUUCAAGGUGCCAAACUUGGGCUGCUGAACCAGGGCACUGUGGCGUACACCGGUGGAGGACUGGUGAGGGACGUCAAGAACAAGGCGGUGCUCUGCAAGCCGCUCACCCUCACCAAAGCUACCUACUGCAAGCCGCACAUGCAGAGCAAACAGCUACAGACAGAUGUGGACGAUGGUGUGAAGAGAGAGUAUGUUCCUGUGCCCAUCCCCGUGCCUGUCUUCAUACCCGUUCCCAUGAACAUGUAUUCCCAGGUCACCCCAGCGCCCGUCUCCCUUCCCGUACCCGUUCCAGUGCCUGUGUUCCUGCCCACCACCCUCCAGGGGGCAGAGCAGAUCGUCCAGACCAUUAGCGAGCUGAAGACCAAGGUGCCCUCUGACCCUCUGGAGGCUGACCUGUUGUCCAUGGCCGAGAUGAUCGCAGAGGAUCAGAAGCCAGAUGUGAAGGUGAUGAAGGUGAAGAGGGAGCGCAGAGAGGGGGAGUCCUCCUCUUCCUCCAGCAGUAGCUCUGAGGAAGAGGAGGAAGAGGACGACAAGUAUGAGCCCGACCUGGACCUGGAGACAGACUUCCCUCAAGCUCCAGAUCCUGUUUCAACUCUGGAGGGAAUGGAGGAGGACAUGGGCUUCUCGCUGCCCCCCGUCCUGGCGGAGGAGAAAAUGGAGCUGGCACCUCAGCCCAAGCCCAGGAGACAGGGGAACAAGAGGCAGGCGGUAGAGGGUGCGUCACCUCCGGCAGCCUCGUCCUCUCCCCAUCCAGCAGACAGACGAGCAGAGGGACGUUUGUUGCCCCUCAAGGCUCGCUAUGGUGUGAACGCCUGGAAACGCUGGGUCAUGUCUUCUUCUGGCCAAUCAGAGGACACCAAAGGAAAGGACGGCCCCAAACCAGAUCCUGCAGCCUGGGCUAAGAGUAACCUGUCGUUGCUGAGUUCAGGGGAGCUGAAUGUGGCUCUGUCUCGGUUCGUCAGGGAGGUCUGCAGGCCCAACGGGGAGCGCUACGCCCCAGACAGCAUCCUCUACCUCUGUCUGGGAAUCCAGCAGCAUCUUCAUGCCAAAGGCAGAAAGGACGACCUGUUCAGUGACCCAUGCUACCAGCAGUUUGGAGAAGAGCUUAACAAGGUCCUGAAGGACUGGCAGCCCAGCGUACUUCCUGACGGCUCCCUGUGGGGCCGGGUGGAGGAGCAGAGCCUGUGGAGCAGCCGGCAGCUCGGGGAGCAGAGCCCCGCCGCCCUGCUGCGCUCCCUGGUCUACCUGAACACCAAGUACUUUGGCCUGCGCACCGUGGAGCAGCACCUGCGUCUCUCCUUUGCAAACGUCUACGGCCCGGACACCAUCCACCCCGUCACCAAGGAGACCACCGUCUGCAUUCGUGUGCCUUCCAUUUCUCAGGAUCACCACGUGCAAACGGGCUCUAAGAAGAGGAAGCGUAAGGCAGAGGAUGAAGACGGGGACUACGAACCAGGCAAUGACUCGGGAGGCCCUGCUGUCCACUGUCCUGUGAAGAAGCACGAGUGCUGCCUCUAUGAGCUCUAUAGAUCAAAGUGCCCAGCGUCGUUGCGGGAGCGUCUAGAUAUCUUCUACGUUGAGCCAGAGUCGACCUGGAGCCCCGACGGCCCGCUGUGGUUCAGCUCCACGCCGCUGGAGCGGAGCGUCCUGGAGAGCCUCCUCACCAGGGUUCUCCUGGUCAGGGACAUAUACAUGGACAAACAAAACCCUGAGGAGGAAGAGGAGGGGUGUGAAGGAGGAGGCAGUGGAGAGUAGCUGUCAUUUGGCCUUCCGUUAGCAAAGCUUGAAGAGUGAGAGGAGGAGAAAGAGGAGAAUAGUUAGCAGUAUCUGCUCCUCACGUCCCCUCCCCUCUCUGGUCCUCCUUCCCCUCCUCGUGCUUGACUUGCUGUGUCCUCCUGGUGAGGUACAUCUACAACAGAAUCAUGACAAGGUGAGGAUGCCUGAUGGAAAGUAGCUGGAACUUGUUCAAUAAAGCUAAAAAAGAAGGAAGAAGAGGCUGAGAUGCGAGAAGAGAAAAGCCUCUGCCCUGGUCCUAAACCUUGGGAGGAGAAUUUGGCUGGAAGAGAUCAGCCCCCCCCAACUCCUGUUUGUCACCAGACUCUGAGGAGGAGGGUGAGGAGGAUCAUAGGAAUCCUCCCAUCCUCUUGGUCCUCAUCCCCCUCUACCUACACAAAUAUGUUCUCCAGGGUGUUGAGAACAGGUUGGGAUGAGAAGAAGGAGAGUGAAGGAUGGAGGUAGAGGACAGUAGCUGUAAUUUGUUCCUCUGGUCAAAGAAAAAGCAAGGACAUGGACGACCGACACCUUUAAUGAUCUUGUUCCCAUCAGUUUGAAUGGAGGAUGUGCUUUGCAGAAAACACCAGCGGAUUAGCCUGGUCGUGACGGCGCAAGGCUAACACUGCGUUUCAGUCAAAGUCUGAAGUAGGAAAUUCCCCGCUGGCGCGUUCAAGUGGUCCAGCUCAGAGUAAAACACAGGAAACAUCGACACCCAUGUGGUAUUUUCUCAGCUCAUGUAAGAUAUUGCUGUCCAAUGCAACAGCUGAUGUUAUGUCCAAGAAAUUUGGCCGCAUCAGCUAGCUAGCUACCAUAGAAUGAUAGCAACUGUAAGUGCAACUUAACAUUUCAAGUUUUAACCAUUUACCACACGGUGUUUUGAUAGAUUUAUGGUCAUUAAGUGUCAAGAAGCAAACUUAAAGUGUAUUUUGAUGAUUUUGAACAUUUUAGAAGUAAUGCUGUGAGGCGUUUACAGUGUAGGCUGCCAUGUUGGCAUGAUGUCACAUCUCUGAAACCUCUGUGUUGAGACAUUUUUGAGAAGGCAGAUUUUCCUACUUCUGACUUCAGCGAUACCGUUGCAUUUUUUGCCGGAGGGAGCGCGGAAUUUCCGACUUUGCGACGUGUCUGGAACACAGCAUAAGAAGAGCAGCCUCCGUUCCUCCCAUCACAUAUUUUCCGCUAACCGGGCUGCUUCCAUUUCCCCUUCCCGUCAUCUUCACUCCUACCCCGUCGAUACCGUUCUCAGGCCACAUGUUGCACCAUAGCAGAUGUCAGCUUGUUAAGGGCAAGAGUCAGAACCGAUCCCAGGACAGUACAGGAGGCCGAGAGGACUGACUCUUACUUAACCGCGUUCUCUCACUCUCAGUGAGCGUCAGCCCUGCCCGGCCGUAGGGAUGGACACCGCAUCGUGGGAGAAGCGACCUACCGACAUGCUGCAUUUCUUUCUAGAACAUUAGGGGAACCUCCUUUCAUGCGAUGUAGCAUUAUGUACGUACCAAGCCCAGAUUGGGCUGCUUUGAAGUGUAAAUAUUUCUGAGACGAGGGGGUUAUUCGAGACAGAGACUUUAAGUGGUGUGGGAUAAAGAGAACACCCACGGAAAUCUUCAGCUUGAACACCUCCCCUUCCCAAAAAGCCUUUUUUUUAAAGAAAAAAACAGUGAUUAUUUAUUUCAGUUUUUAUUGGUUUGAUUGUAUUCUCUUUACUUUGGAAUGGGAUUUUUCGUGCGUGCCAUUUCUUUCUCAGCUGUCGUUCAUCAAAAACCUGCCGCAGCCCAGUGCUCUCUGGCCCCUCCCUUGUUUCUUAAAGGAGGCGGUGCAGAGAAGAAACGGGGAGGAUGCAGGUUCACUAAACAUGAAGGACGUCUGUUUUUGUUCAGAGCUUCAGAGACUGUUUGAAAGGCUUUUCUUUCUGCUUCUGUUCCCUUAUUUGUAUCCUCCUGGCGUUCCUUGGUUGCCGUUUGUCUCCUUGAAACUUAACAUGGAAUGAGUUUGAAAUCGAGGCGCUUGUUAAGAAGUGCUCCAUUCUUCUGAGCUCUUUUAGAUUACUUCUGUUAGCACUGCAAAGCAACAAGCGUGUAUCGUAACAAAGGAUUGGACAUAUACUUUAUAGUUUUUCCUUUUUUUUCAUGAACUGAACUUUCAGGAUUUCUUUUAAGUUGCUCUUUAGAGACUGUGCAUUACUUUGAAGAUGUCUUAUUUAUGUGGUUAAAAUCCCCCUUUUUUAACUUUCAUUGUAUGAGUUUUGUUUUGAAUUUGCUUUCUGUUUGUUUCAAUAAAUUGGAGAGAAGUACUAUCAUGCUAAAACUAAGUUGGCUAUUGUUUGAGGGUUUUUUUUUUUUUUAAGUCACUCCCUUCCUUAACCCAUUGACCUCCGUUGAAAGAGGGGGAAGACUGCACCGCAAAGCUUGGACCAUGUCUGGAUUUUACACCCUUUGUUAUCCCCACAAAUGUACACGUUUUUGCAGUCAACACACAAAAUAUUAGGAACACUUACCAAAUAUUGAAUAUUACAUAUUUGUAUGCAAUCAGUUUCUCACUUUCUGCAUGAGCUACAUCUCUCCUUCAUGAGUGAAGUGGAUACAACAGGGGAACUCGGUAAGGGAUCACAACGUCUUGAUCCAGUAUCUUACUCCAUGGAAAAAGCAGGCGCUCCUAAUAUUUUGUACAGUUGACUUGGUAAUGAAAGAGAUGCAGUGUAACAUUACAGGAACAAGGAUGUUGAAUUUGGAGAGAGAUGUGGAGGGAAGUCGCCCCGAUGUUUUACUAAAUCAGUGUCCCAGCCCAAAACCUGUCCUAAUCUUUAACUUUACUGUGGAAAUUGUAAAACUGAUCCCAGAUCAGGGGCCCUCAGUUAACUGGGCUUCCCACCCCGCCCCUCACCCCCCAAACCCCGCUGGAUUCAGAGGCAGCAACCAAGCCUGCUCUAAGGUUUGGACGUACAGUCGACGCUGUGGCUGGCUUUAAUGCCUAAUGUGAAUGUGCCUAUCUGUAUAUACUGAAAGUGAGUGAUUGUGACUUGAGUCUGAUGAAAUGUGUGUGGGCUGACCUGCCGAAAUGAUAAUGUUAAAUAAAUGAUUUCAUUUUCUAACCAGA